CCCACUCUCAUCUGCAACGGCAGAGCAUACCCGGGGCGCUGUGUGUCCUGGGCUCCACACCUAAACAAGCAUUUACUGACAUACCUGAAACUCCUCCACAGGUGACCGCCGAGCAUGGUGAAGUGUCUGGAGGAACGUGUCUAUCGGAAGGACUGUUAAAAGUUGAGGUUAGCGCUCCAAAAGAGAAGGCUCAGGAGAGGCCGAAGAGCUGGCAUUUGCAGUCGAGCGUCAGCUACAGUCUCUAGUUCCAGAGAAACCUCCUCCUUUCUCUUGAAUGAUGAGGGAUGAAAUUGCAACAGCAGUUUUCUUUGUCACAAGACUGGUGAAAAAACAUGACAAAUUGAGUAAACAGCAAGUAAAAGACUUCGCAGAAAAGCUGAUGACGAUCUUGUUUGAAACCUAUAGAAGUCACUGGCACUCUGACUUCCCUUCCAAAGGGCAAGCCUUCAGGUGUAUCAGGAUAAAUAAUAUUCAGAAUAAAGAUCCCAUUCUAGAACGGGCUUGUGCUGAAAGUAAAGUGGAUUUUUCUCACCUUGGACUUCCAAAGGAGAUGACCCUCUGGGUAGAUCCCUUUGAAGUGUGCUGUAGGUAUGGUGAGAAAAAUCACCCAUUUACAAUUGCUUCUUUUAAAGGCAGGUGGGAGGAAUGGGAGCUUUCCCAACGGAUCAGCCGCAUUGUUAAUAGAGCCACUUUGGACCACUCCUCCGGCAUUUCCUCUGACGAAGAGAGUUGUAACAAAGAACCUCAGAUCAUUCCUAAAGUGAGCAAUCCAAAGAGUAUUUACCAGGUUGAAAACUUGAAACAGCCCUUUCAAUCUUGGUUCCAUGUCUCCCGCAAAAAGAAUAUGGCAGAUGGCCGCGUGGGCCUCCUAGGGAACACUUAUCAUGCAUUGCAUAAAAAUCCCAAGGGUCCGAGGCCUGCCGCCAUCCCCCGGGUGGACAGGUACCACUGGGUCAACAUGAACCGAUAAUGCAGUGGCUGGACACUCGGUGGGAUAGAGCUCAGAGGAGCUGCUUCAUUUUCUUUAAAACAAAAGGGAGUUUAAGGUUGAGAGGCCCAUGAA